AUGGAGAGCAGCCACGGUGAUGCCCCGGACGUGGCCGGCGACAAGGCCGCAGGCGUGGCGUGGCAUGCAAGGGACAAGAUACACGAACGACGGAGCAGCAUCCUGGUGGCGAGCAACAAGGCGGCGUCGCCCCUGGGCCUGCCCCCGUACCCGCCCAACGCGGACCUGGAGGGCAAGGCGACCCAGAUUUGUGUGACGGUGGCGUGGCUGCGAAAGGAGACGCCCCCCGACGCGACGGUCCGCUCGGACAGCUACCUGCACGCAUGCCUCAUGGCGACUGCAUGGCUGCACGGGACUAUUUUCUCAUCCGUCUCGACUGUGCUCGUACCGCUGCUGGGCUGCUUCUUCGACGAGCUCUUCCACAUGCUCAACAUACGCCACGCCGACGAAGAGGCCGUCCGACUCAAUGCGAGCAACAGGCUGAUCGAGCUCUCCAGCCUGCAGUUCGGCAGGGACGGGGCCCGGACAUAUCUGCAAGCGGUACUCGAAAAGGUGUGGACGGAUCCCGACGGCUUCAUGAUUCGUGCUGUAAGGCUAAAAACAAAACCUCGCUCGCUCUCGAAGCGCAACGACCAACCCUAA